AAUUGAGAGUUUAGAUGAAAAGCCUUCAGAAACCAUUAAAAAAAUGUAAACUUGGAGGAGAAGCAGCAUGUUGCUGACCGAUACAAUAAUUAAAUUACAGAUACCACUUUUUUUUUAUGCUUAUAUUGAGAUUGAAGUUCAAUCUUCAACCUUCAAUCCCACAAAAUGGAGAUCUCCUGGUUCAUCUUCACCGUCUCCCUCUGCAUCUGCUAUUUGCUCAAAUCCAUUUUUUCCCAUUUCCGAAGCUCCACAAAUCUCCCACCAGGCCCUCCCUCAAUCCCCAUCAUCACCAAUUUCCUAUGGCUCCGCCGAUCCCCUCUCCAAAUGGAGUCCCUCCUCCGCCGCUCCGCCGCCAAAUACGGCCCCAUCGUCACCCUCCGCAUCGGCUCCCGCACCUCCAUCUUCGUCGCCGACCGCUCCAUCGCCCACAGGGCCCUCGUCCAAUCCGGCGCCCUCUUCGCCGACCGCCCCUCCACCCCUCCCUUGACCGGAAUCAUCUCCGGCAACCGACACAACAUCAACACGGCGCCGUACGGCCCCCUCUGGCGUCUCCUCCGCCGCAAUCUCACUUCCGAGAUCCUCCAUCCUUCGCGGGUCCGGUCCUACGGCCUAGCUCGGAAGUGGGUUUUGGAUAUUCUCAUCAAUCGCCUUCUCUCUCACUCUGAAUCGGGAUUUUCCCCCGUCUCUGUAAUCGACCAUUUUCAGUACGCCAUGUUCUGUUUGCUGGUGUUGAUGUCGUUCGGAGAUAAGCUUGACGAAAAUCAGAUUCGUGAAAUUGAGAGCGUGCAGCGAGAGAUGCUGUUGAAACUUGGACGUUUCAGCAUCCUCAAUUUCUGGCCGAGAUUGACCAAGAUUUUGCUCCCAAAGCGCUGGGAGGCGUUUGUGGAACUCAGAAGGAAGCAGGAGAGAAUCCUAAUCCCUUUGAUCGAAGCAAGAAGGACGGCCAAGCAAAACAGAGCAAACAGAGCCCAAAUUGAAGACGAAUUUGUGGUGUCAUAUGUGGAUACGCUUCUCGAUUUGGAGCACCCCGACGAGAAGAGAAAGCUCACAGAUGAAGAAAUCGUGACCAUAUCCUCCGAGUUACUCAACGCCGGCACCGAUACCACCUCCACCGCCCUGCAAUGGAUAAUGGCGAAUUUAGUGAAAUACCCUGAAAUCCAACGCAAACUUUUCGCGGAAAUCGAAGGGGUUAUGGAAAAUGGAGGGGAGGAGGUGAAGGAAGAAGAUCUGGGGAAGCUUCCAUAUCUGAAAGCCGUGGUUUUAGAAGCGUUACGAAGACACCCACCGGCGCAUUUUCUGUUACCACACGCAGUGAAAGAAGAUACGGUGUUUGAAAAUUACCUGAUACCCAAAAACGGGACGGUGAAUUUCAUGGUGGCGGAGAUGGGUUUGGAUCCGAAGGUGUGGGAAGAUCCGAUGGCGUUCAAGCCGGAGAGGUUCGUGAAGGUGGCCGGAGAAGAAGAAACGGCGGCGUUUGACAUAACGGGGAAUAAGGAAAUAAAGAUGAUGCCGUUUGGAGCAGGGAGGAGGAUCUGCCCCGGGUUUGGUCUGGCGAUUCUUCAUUUGGAAUAUUUCGUUGCGAAUUUGAUAUGGCGGUUUGAGUGGACGGCGGUGGAGGGAGACGGCGUUGAUUUGUCGGAGAAACUGGAGUUCACCGUCGUGAUGGAAAAGCCUUUGAAAGCAAACAUAAAUCCGAGGUUUUAAAUUGCUUGUUUUUGCUCUGCUCUCUGCUCAUAACUUUUCAUUGUAAAGUUUAAGGUUGUAAUGAUAGAUUGGGAGCCAUUUGAAAGUCCGAAUGCAUAGAAUAGAUUGUUGACUUUUAAAA